UGUAAUUUAAAGGAAAUCAUGUUUAAUCUGUAUGUAAAUCAAUUUCAGUCAUUUAUUACAAUAAACCAUUAUAAAACUUAUACAAAUAUAAUAUAAAUAGAAUGUCAUGAUUUAUAUGUAUAUGUAUAUGAGAGGACAACUUGCAGAAAUAUUCUUCAAGGCUGAUUUUCAAAUGAAGUCAUUUCAAUAUGAAUAUAUAUUUUUUUAGUGUGUUACAGAUAAAAGUACUUAGAACCAGAAAUUUACAUAACUACGUAUAUUUUUCGUGUAUUUAUUCAUGUAGUCAGCGAUAAGGUCAUUGCUAAAUAUAUCAUCUUUUUUUAGUCGAUCCGACCAAUCAGUUAUUGAAAUUAAACUCAACAUAGUUCGGUGCUAAUUUGUAUUGGUCCAAUUUUUUUUUAAUUGAUUCGACGUUUCAUUGUAACUUGGUCUUACUGUAAUACGUGUUAAAAACAUAUGUAUGUAGGUAUCAGGCAAUUACAAAACUUUAAAUAAAUUUAGGAGAAAGAAUUUUAAGAAUGAAAAGGUAGUGUCAAAAUUGCUACAUGUUUGCUGUUCACUCAAAACACCUCAACGAAUGGUGUAAAAGUGUAGGUUAUGCAGAUUGUCUGCAGAGUAAUGUAAUGAAUAGCUGUGGGAACUCUAAUAUUAGCACGAAGCUACGUGGAUCUAAGUGCUCGGAAAUACAGGAAGAAUCUGUUAGCAAUAAUCGUGCUGGAGGGUUAGAGAAAGGAGAUAUAAAUGUUUUAAGUGGUUAUAAUGCAAAUGAUUUUAAUACUCCAAGAGGCACACUGGUCAUUUGUCAAAGAAAUACACACACGUAUUCGUCUGAGCAUAAUUUCUCCAGAUUCAAACCAAGAAUCGGUGCUGUUCCACGCAAUGAAUUCCGAAUGGCUCGUGGAGGCAGCUCUGGAGAUCGUGCCAGGGGCACAUUACGGGGUAGAGCAUUUAAAAAAACACCUACCGAUCGCGACGCGAAUUCCGAAACCAGCUACUAUCCUACGACUAGACCAAAAUUUCAAGAAUCGUUGAAAAACCAAGAAAAUGCACAGGGAAAAUAUUAUGAUGACAAGAGAAUAUACGAAGAUUCUAGAAUUUCUAAACUGAUGAGGAAAUUAUGUCGGGAAGAUGAUUACGAUCACUUUAUGGUGCUAUGUAAACAAGCGCAAGAAGGUAUAAUAGCAUCUGAAAAUCAAAGGUACAUACGACGAAAUUUGGAUGUUAUUUGUGAUAGUCUAUUAGAUUUAUUACAUACUGGUCCUGGACCGGAAGCAAAACAACAAGUUGCAAAAUGUUUAGGCCGCGUCGGCUAUGCUGCUGAGCAAGAUUUUAAACGCUACAUGGAUUGGGUUUUCAAUAAAUGUUCGAUGGAAAGGAAGGACGAUAUAAAGUCCCUUUUGAUCAGGUCCUUUAUCGAAGCUUUUAAAUUGGAUGCAGGAUCUCCGAGACUAAAAGAAUUCUCAGUGCUAAUGAUGUCACAGCUGCAAUCAACGCUAGAGAAUGUGGAUCGUUCUGAUUUACUGGUAGCAACGGUGGAUGCUAUAUUGCUGAUAAUGGAAUCUUAUCCUGAAACGUUUUCAAAUCAUUUUCGCGAUACGGUUGACAUAUUAGUGGGUUGGCAUAUCGACUCGACACAGCAAAAAGCGAUUGCGACUUACGCAAGUCGUAGCUUGCAAAGAUUACGAAGCUUUUGGAUAGCCGACUUACAAUUUACUUUAACGCUAUUGGGACAGUUUUUAGAGGACAUGGAAAGUUAUGACGAAGAAUUAUCUUUACCAGACUCUGGCAGAAGUUCGCCCGGAGAUGAAACAUCUCCAACGCCCAAAGAAUGUAUCCGUCGCAUUACCUCUUUGAUUUCAGUGUUCAAUACAGUCACGAAAAGUAUAUCCGAGCAUUUGAAUCCCAAUCUGACUCCAAACGUACAAUGGUCGUUUUUAUCCGAUUGUUUGUCAAAGAUGUUGAAAACAGUCGUGAAAGCGAUUGAAUUAGACGAUGACAAUGAAAUUUUGCUUGCAAAAUUAACCCUUUCAUCCGAGGGUGCUGACGAGUUGCUGAAGCGCAUCCAAAAUGUAAGCGUUAUUCCGGCAAGAAAUUCGAAUAAAUCGGAGUUAAACGAAGAGGACAUCGUCAGUAUGUUCAAGUCACUGAACCUUAAUAAAAAUGAUUUAAAAAACUUGAAACAUAACAUCGAGAAAGAGACUUUAUUGAAAGAAAGAGAAUCAUUGUUAAGCAUCGUACGAUGGAUGGAAUUGAAAGCAAAGAGAAACUUAGACUUGACCGAAGAAAAGGAAGAAUUAAUAGUAGUCGCGAAUGAGUGCGCAUUUUUAUUACUGGGAUAUCUCCAGAGUCGUAUAACGAAAAAUCACGAAUUACUUUACAAGUUUAUCGAUCUUCAGUUGAAAAGAGUAAACAUCUUCUGGGACGACACGAUCAUUUCUAUGUUGAAUACCAUUUCAAAAAUAAUAAAAGAGGUCUCUGCAAAUCUACCACUGGAACUGGUACACAAAUUGCUGGGAAAAGAUUCUGUAUUACUCAAAUUAAGAUUUCGUGAUUCGAUUUCCAUUCAGAACGCCAGCCUAGGCGUAUAUCACAGUCUGCUUAGCUUGAAAAAUAUCCCACUGCUACAGGAAUCGUAUCGUUACAUAUUGUCCGAUUUAGAAAUUGCUUAUAAACUUAUUUUAUCGGACAUCGAAAGUUUAGUUGUGGAUAAUCCGUUACUCAACGAUGUAAAAUAUAAAAAAAAUGACGCGGAAAUCGUGGUUAUUUUCUUGUUGAGAGCUCUUUCUGAUAUAGCGAACGCAAGUAAUUCGAUCAUCGGUAUGUGGGCACUAAAACCAAGCAUCUUGGAGUUGUUGGCAGUCAAGUUGAAGCUUUACGACAGUAGUUUAUCAGCCUCCAGCCCGCUAUUACAAUAUAGUAUUUUGUAUUUGUUGUAUGCUCAUUGUUCCAGAUACAACCACUUCGUACCAAGUUCAAGCUUAAUAACUGGGACUACUGCUUGUCGUCCGAUAGAUAUGUUCCCCGCAGCGUUGGACGUACCAACGACAUCGCCUACCAGUGGUCAUCUCUCUAUAAUUCUGAAUCUGAUAGCUAAAAGUUACAACGAACAUACACCUGAGCAGACAUUGUUGCUCUUGUCAACGUGGAUGCAAGAAAUUUGUAUACAAUCGGAAAAUUAUAUCGGUAUCUUAAGUAAAACGAAAGAAUAUGAGAACGUUCUCGCUAGUCUGGUUAGUUGUGGCGCUACCAUCGAUCGAGAUAUCUCCAUUGCCGUUUGUAAUCUCUUUGAAAUAUUGAUGAGCGCGAAGAAUGUUACGUGGAAGGAAGAGAUUUACGGGUACAUCGUGGAUCUAGUGAUGUUGCAUUUAACUUCACGAGACGAAGUUGUAAGGGAAAAGUAUGGUUCUUUAUUGACACGCGUACCCCUGAACAUAGUAAUACCGAAACUCAAUAAAGAAUGUGUACUGUCGGAAACAAAGAAAUAUAUGGGUAUCAAAAGUUACUCGACCGAAUCCUUAAUUCUCGCUCAGAGAUUGCAUAUGCGAGGAAACAAUAAUGGAGAGAUGCAAGCUCAACAUUUUAAGACGUACAUGGCCUUUUUAUUGCAAGAACAGUAUCUAGAUGCUUCGGAAUUAUCAGAAAUAUUUACAUUAUGUUGUCCAAUUUUGUCUGAAAACGAGACUACAAGGAAGAUGUAUCGAUUGGCAUUGGUAAAUCAAUCCUUCUUAUAUUUUUGGGCCGGUUUCGAGGCAGCUCAACACUGUGUGACCAACAAACUUCGCACAUCUUUGGGAAAGCCACAGGAAACGUUCACGUCGAUCGAAAGUGCCCUGAAAACAUUGGCCCGCGAGAUAUCGUACAGCUUGGAGGUAACCAGGAAAGAAAAGCGAAGUUUGGAUCAUCUAUUGAGCGAACAUACACGCGUCCGAUUAUUCAUCGAGUUUCUCGAACAUCUCGAAAGGGUGAUACACAACGCGGCCGAAGGCUGUGCGAUUGCUCUGUUGCCAUUGUCGAAACCAGUUAGAACCUUUUUUCACACGAACAAGUCGACUUGCAAGGAAUGGUUAAAUCGCAUUCGAUUAGCAUUGUGCGUAGUGUCGUUGCAUUCUGGCCUGGCUAGUAGCGCUUUGAGAAAUAGUCAAAGGUUGCUGGAAGAUCUAAGCAACAGCGAUAACACGCAGGGUAUCGAGUUCGAAAGGGCCACGCUUUGCACGGCACAAGCGAUGGUGAUACUAGGUGAAGCGGAAGCGUUACAAGGACUUUACGUUUACACCAAAGAGAAAGACAGAAAGUUUCCUUGGCUGAAAGCUGCGAUGGAAGAAGCUGCGAAUCAUUACGAAUCCGCUGCUGAAGCGUACAAAUUAACUAUCGAGGAACACGUGCGUGUCUCGAAUAAUCGUUCGAGAAGAGAUUCGGAGCACGAAGAAGAGGGUGAGGAAGAAGGCGAGGGUGGAAGUAACAGUGUUGACGGUACUAACGUCAGCGAGGAACUUUCUUCCGAUGGUAAAGGUAAACACACGAAGCCAGAGGGUGACAAUCAAGUUCUUAGCUUUUGUAUGCAACGAUUGUCUCAUUGUUACGAAGCGAUCUCCGAUUGGACUCAGUUGGAAGCUUGGAAACAACAGCAAGCGGAAAUCCUUUCUCGAGAUAAAAAUGCCUCGCUUAAAAGGCACCUGCCAGCUGAGAGUAGUACCCAUCGGCAAGCGAAAUGUUUAAAAAGCUUCGAGAACGGUGAGGCUAUACCUCUAGAGGAUCUAACAAACUGGAAUUUAUUGGAAGGCGAAACUGGGAAACCAGGUAAUUGGAGUUGCGCGAAAACUCUGGUCGAAUGUAGUAACACGUUGAAAAAUAUCGCUCUCAGGAUUUAUCUGAACGAUUACAAAGAUCAUUUCGAGGAAGAGAUCGAACGAUGCCGGAAGGUGUCGGCUAAAAUAAUGGAAGAAGGUCUUAGAAACGUGCCCUCGGAGUACUUAAACGAAUCGAUAUUGGUACGCUUUUCAGCUGACGGAUUGAAGAGCUUGUUAUCGGACCGAGAAGAGAACGUGUUCGAAUUGUAUAAGAGCGAGAAGGUCGACCAUAUGGAUUCGAGCGUUUUAACGCGAACUCUUUGGUGGUCGGAAUAUUUCGGCAGGGUAAGAAAGAAGGACUCGAAACCGUCGUUGAACAGCAACGACGUAGCUGAUUUACGACUGCACAUUGUUCGCACUGCUAGGAAGGAAGGUAACUUCGAGCUAGCGAAACGCGAACUCCUGAAUUACUUGAAAUCCGAACGUGAGCUUUGCUGGUUCGAGGAGAACAAGGGUGGCGAACGAAAUUAUCGCGUUAAUCUUGACUUCGAUCAGGUAACCGGCGACAUUUUGAAAGACGUGAUGCACGUGAAGUGGUCGAAGAACAAUAUCCGAGCAUUCCGAGAGUAUUCGAAACUAUUAUACGACAUGGAAUGCACUGACAAAGCUAUGAAACUUUGCAGCGCGACUGCGCUUGGAAUAUCACGAUCGAUCGUCGAAGGAGAACAAUCGUCCGAGUUACGAGAAUACGGUACGAUUCUUCUCCUUACUCUCGGUAAAUGGAUCCAGCAAGAAGCAGGUAGUAUCGAGAAUGGUCAGUUGGAACAAUUACUCGAUUUCGAAGCCGCUCACAACGACGGCUUGAUGAACAAGUUAUUCGGACCGACUACAAGUGCUAUACCCGUCUCGGAUAUGAUAAUCGGUAGAUUGACACAGUUGGGUGUAAAUCAAUGUCCUGAUCUACCCUUUGCUUGGUACAGCUUCGCCAGUUGGUGUUACAAAUGGGGAAGGAAGAUCGUGGAUAAUUCUAAUUCUGGUCAGCUGACCGAUGCUGACAGAAAGACUAUACGGGACUUGCUACCGUUCGACACCGACGAGACCGACUUGAACGCUGUCUUUUCAAUUUUAUCGCAAAGCAAAACGAUUCCAGAAGACGAGAGCGACAUCACAGACACGUCCAACGACGUGAAUACCUCCGAUAUGAUAGAGAAUCAACUACGAAGCGUUCCUGUACUAGCUGGCGCGAGUGCUGAUCGCCUAGGAAUGCUCAUAGACAUCUGGAGGCAAGCGCAGAAAAGGAUCUACUCGUAUUACGAGCUUUCUGCAAACGCAUACUUUAAAUAUCUACAGUUGGCCUCGAUCAAAGACGCCAACGACUGCGUUACUAUUACGGCUACCCUUAGAUUGUUAAGAUUGGUUGUGAAACAUGCUCUUGAGUUACAGAAUGUACUGGAGUCCGGACUUUCGUCGACUCCCACAGCACCCUGGAAAGAGAUAAUACCACAAUUAUUCUCGCGACUCAGCCAUCCUGAGUCUUACGUGAGAACACGAGUUUCAGAGUUGUUGUGCAGAGUUGCAGAGAACUCUCCGCAUUUGAUCACCUUCCCGGCGGUGGUCGGAGCCGUUUCCGGUCAGAAGAAGAAUUGCGACAAGGUUCUGUACGAGAAAGCCGAGACCGAUUCUUCUCAAAAUGAUCUGGAUUUCAUGGAAGAGGAAGAGGACAUCGGCGCUACCGAUAGUUCCGCUGCUCACGGUUACCAAGACGAGCAAGAGAAGUUUAUGGAUUGUUGUUUCACUCAAUUAGUAGAUUGCUUGUCGAACCGAAUCCAAGAUUCCAUCGAACAGGUAAAGAUACUGGUUAAGGAGUUGCGUCGAAUCACUUUAUUAUGGGACGAGCUGUGGCUGGCUACUUUGUGCCAGCAUCACACAGAAAUCUCUAAACGAUUCGAACAAUUGGAGAUGGAGGUGCAGAAGGUACAAGACAACGUCUGGUUGAGCGCCGAAGAUAAAGAUAAGUUGAUCGCUGAAAAGCAUAGAAUCAUAUUGAAACCCAUUGUCUUUAUAUUAGAAAAUCUAUCGGCUAUGACUUCCGUGCCAGCUGAAACGCCGCACGAGAAAAACUUCCAGGAGAAAUUUGGCCCUUCGAUAGAGGAAGCUAUAAACAAAUUAAACAAUCCAAAGAAUCCUGCUAAACCCCAAAUCGCCAGUAUGUGUUUGAAGCAGUUGGAAAGCAAACUUGCCCAACGCGUGCAUAGACGCGCUACUUAUACUCUCUCUAUGAACGACAUCAGCCCGGUGUUGGCCAAUUUGAGAAGCACGUGCAUCGCUAUGCCAGGUGUUGCUGCCAAUGAUAAUAAAAUCAUCACCAUCGAGUCGGUCGACAACAAUGUUCAAAUACUACCGACAAAGACCAAGCCAAAGAAAUUAAUUUUCCAUGGCUCUGACGGACACGUUUACACGUAUCUGUUCAAAGGACUGGAGGAUCUUCAUUUGGACGAAAGAAUCAUGCAAUUCCUGAGCAUAUGUAACACGAUGAUGUCAAAGAAAGUCGAUUCUAAAAAGGUGUACAGGGCACGUCAUUAUUCUGUUAUACCAUUAGGACCACGAUCAGGUUUGAUACAAUGGGUCGACGGUGUCACGCCUUUGUUCGUACUUUACAAAAGGUGGCAGCAAAGGGAGAGCGCUGUGCAAAAUAAGACUGGUAGUUCAGCGAUAUUGCGACCCUCUGAACUGUUUUACAACAAAUUAACACCUUUGUUGAAAGAGCGAGGGAUCAGUUUGGAGAAUAGAAAAGAAUGGCCGAUUCAGAUUUUGAAACAAGUGUUGGCCGAGUUAAUGGCUGAAACACCAAAGGAUUUGUUGGCAAAGGAGAUUUGGUGCAACAGUAUAAACGCUGGCAGUUGGUGGCAAGCAACCAAAAAUUAUUCAUACUCCGUCGCUGUAAUGUCGAUCAUUGGAUACAUCAUUGGAUUGGGUGAUAGACACUUGGAUAACGUGUUGGUUGAUUUGAACACAGGAGAGGUUGUGCACAUCGAUUACAACGUUUGCUUUGAAAAAGGCAAAACUUUACGAGUUCCAGAGAAAGUGCCAUUCAGAAUGACUCCAAAUAUAAGAACAGCGUUAGGAGUAACUGGUGUAGAGGGUAUAUUCCGGUUAGCGUGUGAGAAUACGCUUCGAGUGAUGCGCAGAGGACGAGAAACUCUGUUGACUUUAUUGGAAGCGUUUAUUUAUGACCCACUGGUCGAUUGGAGAGCUGGCGCAGACAACAGCAUCGCUAGUUACGGAGCGUGUCAAGCUAGAGCAAGGUGCACUGGUAUUGGGAGAAAACAGCUGGAACAGGAACUGACGCGAGCAAUGUUUGCCGUUCGAACAGCGGAAAUGCGUGCCGAAUGGUUGGCAAAUAGGGAUGAAUUGAUUAAGAUCUUUCCAUUGUUGUGUCACCAUUUAAAUUGUUGGAUCGAAGCAACCGAUGCCACGCGUCAGUGUCAGGAUUUAUUACAAGACAGACACCAACAGCUUGCCUUGGUCAAGGAGGCACAGGCAAUGGGACGUAAUCAUCCUUUGUACUCUGUGAUCAAACGUUACAAUUCGUUCAAACGAGCACGCGAUGCUCACGAGAAAGCGAAAGCUGGAUUGAAAGAAAAGAUAGAAGAUUGUGAGAAGCAGAUCAACAUGCAUAAUAUGGCACUUUCGGCGGUACGGGGCCCUCAGUUGGGACAAUGGCUGGCAGAAUUGGGAACGUCUACGAAUCAGGAGGACCACGUUGUAUUUGAUCUCGUGAAAGAAUUUUUACAGAACGCUGGUCAAAGUCAGAUGAUUCUUCAAUGCGAACAAUCGGAAAACGAACUAACUCAAUUGGCCACACAGCAAUCUAUUUUAAUACGAAGUUGUUUGGACCUUUUGAGUCAGUACUCGGCAAUUUGUAGCCUUUAUCCGUUGAGUAACAUGUCGCAACAUCGUACAGUGCGUUAUCACGGUUGGGCUAAUCAGCUGUUGAGUUCUGGAAGCGUCGAGGCGUGCUGCGAUGUCAUGGCACAGUUUGAAAAUACUUUCGAUCCGAUAAAGAGUUCGAACAAUCAGCAAGUACAACAGAUAAUAACGUUUUCGUAUCAGAUGCAAGCGAUUCUGAACGAAGCAAACGAAAGAUUGAAAAAGGCCUACGAGCGAAUGGUCUCGGAGGGUUUACCAGAUUCGAUUGGUAGAAUAGAGAAGGCGUACUCGGAAUCAAGAUUGCAGAUUCAGAACUUCUUAAGAAGGGAAAAGGGAGCGGAAAGAGCACUAGAGUGCGUUAACAUAACUGCUUUGUGCGCUCUGAAUAAAAGGUACCUGAUGAUGGAAGGUGCUGCCAAGUGCGCUGGGGAUUGUUUAGUCGAUCUCACGUCCAGAGAAGGAGAUUGGUUCUUAGACGAAAUGCGUUUAAUGUCCUCGUUAAUUGCUGAGUUGGUCAGCUUGAUCCCGGAUUGUCACAAAACUAACAAUGAUCCCAAGAUAUCUCUUAUAUUAAAAUGUUUAAGAGGAUCCGACUGUAUAUACAAAGGGUUGCAAGAGUUGAAUUACAAUUUCCACACGAUCAUUCUACCCGAAGCAAUGAAGACUAUCAUAACGGAGGAGCCGACAGUGAUCAGAAUGAUCGGUGAACUGACCGAGAUAAUCGUAUCGCCUGGAAUACCGCUGGGGGAUAUCUUAGGACAACUGGAAAUGCAUUUAAGAUUCACCGUCAUGGAGAUGGAAAGUCCUCACGCGGUAAUACAGAGCAUAGUAAAUAACAUGAGAUUGCGAUUCGAGGCUUUAUUGUCUCGGCCUGCCGAGAUUCAAGAACCAAAUCAAGACGAGACUUUAACACCUGGCCAGAUGCUUCUGAUGGGUUUCAAUGGGUUAUUCGAGAAACUCCAGAUGGAAGGUAACGCGUUGAUCGCUACUUUAAGCACCCUCGAUAUUCCACCUUCCUGGCGUAAGAUCGAUCAAAUUCGAGAAGCGAAAGAAAUGUCCGCGCCGAUAUUCAAUAAAACAGCUUGUCAGGUUUUGGAAGACAUGUUCCUUGUCAAAAGAUUGCAUACUAUACAAGAGUUUUUCAUGAUGUGCAGAGACAUAGCGACCGCUUUCAAAGGCGGUUUAGCGAACGUUUACGACGACGAACGAUUAAAUAAACCAAUAAGAAUAUUUACAGCCGAUUAUGUGUCCAGGCAGUUGCUCGGUGUUACCUCUCAAACGUUGGCCAUCGGUCUUUGCUUCUUACUGCAGAGAAUGGGGCUAAGCGUUACCACCGAGAUCGAACAGAGGGAUAUCGGGGCCGAGAGUAAAGUAUCUAUAGAGGAAUUGUGCAGGAAAGUAGUUGAUCUUUGCAUGAAGAGAGGUUUUUUCUCGGGAUCUGUUCUGGCACAAGCGAGUGCUCUUAGUAGUACUCUUGAAAGCGCUUGGCGAAGAAAGCAGAGCGCCAGAUUCGCGCAACAAUGCGUCGAGGUAACAAGAGCUAGUAUGCAAAGACUUCAGUUGCAGCUAACUGCUCACCAUUGGUUGCACGAGGACAGUUUACUAAUCAGGUCGAACGUUAAUUUAAUGAAUCCUUUGAAUCGCUCCGCGUUUAUGCUGGAAUUACGAAAAACCGCCGCAGCGUUGACUGGUUUACAAUCUCGAGUAUGCGAAGCGCGUGAACAGCAACAGAAUCUCGUUUCUAGCGCAGUCCAGCGAUUAAAAUGGGCUGCCGGAGCUAAUCCAGCACUCGGUGAGGUGAUGUCCGCGUUCGAUAACGCCGUGCUCGCCUCCUGCGAGAAAUUAACCCGGCAACACAAUCUCGCGACCAGCGUGAUCAGCACUUGUAACUCGAUACUGCACUACGAGGCUUUGCGAACCAGAACUUCCGAAAGCGUGACCCACGACACUAAUUUCGUUAAGCUGGUCAAGCAUUGGGAAGAAAGUUGUAUUUUGACAAUAAAUCUGAACAUUACUGUAACCGCGAUCGAGGAGAGUCUGGUAGAAUUGUUACAGAUGGAAAGCAACGUUGACAUGAAUUGGUUAAAGCAAGCAGAACGAUUUAUUUCCGAGGCGAUACUCGAUGUACAGAAGAAGCUACAAGAGAAACAGGAAGGUUUGCUUGCAGCGCAGGAACAUUUAAGGGAACGUGUGUUGAAUCUGCAAAGGGUGUUGACCGAACAUCAUAGGCUGAUGUCAGACGUUCGAAUUUUACUGCGUUCUAUGGUGAAGCAAGAGAACAUUGAAGGUUUGCAAGAAUUUCUCUCUUCCUAUAGAUCUUUCACCGAAAGCAUAUCGGCGAUCGUGAAGGAACUCGAAUCCGAUAUCCUCGACGUGAACCGAGGUAGAGUAAUUAAACAAGACUUGGAGAACAUGGCAACUACGGUGCCGAAUCUGUACAAUGAACUAUUAGAGUUUGCUAAUGAGAGGAAAAUGAAUUCAGUGAAGAUGCUCGAGAAACAAAAAGAGACUGAGAAAGAGAAAGAAAGGGAAGGAGAAAGGGAGAAUGAAAUAGAGGCUUCGAACAUCGGUUUGAUGAAGAAGAAAGGGAAAUUAAUGAGGCAAGAGGGUGUGUGUUACAGCCCUAGAAAGGGAGUUCCAUUGGCUCGAGAUCCAACCACGGGGAAAGCUGUCCAAGAGCGAAACGCUUACGCCCUUAACGUAUGGCAUCGCGUACGAAUGAAAUUAGAAGGAUGCGAUCCACAUCCGAAUCGUAAAUACACGACAGCUGAACAGGUGGAAUACGUUAUACGUGAAGCUCAGAGUACCGACAAUUUAGCCCUUUUGUACGAGGGUUGGACGCCAUGGGUCUGAACGAAAGCAGAUCGACGCGGUCGCGUCGAUGGUUCAAUGCUCGUUACACACGGUACUCGAGUCCGUACCGUUCUUCGCUCUACGCUCGACGGAGCCAGCUCUCUGUCCAACCAGGUGUGAAGUACAUCUUCGUAUCACCUGGAAGAGAAAGUCUGUGUCCGCAAAGAUGCCGCGUGAAGUUCGGCAGCGCGCACUUGCAUUCAGGGAAAUCCUUACGCGAUCCGUGAUCCGCGAUCGAACUUCGAUUUUGGCACCGAUUCUAUGAUUAUCUCAAAAAUCUCUCGUUAACUGUGACGUACCGUACAUAUUAUCUAAUGACAUUUCGUUUUACUUAUGCUUCAGCUACGAAAUCUUAAUCGAAACAACUUGUACCAAAAAUUAUUGAUCAGAUUGUCGAUGGAAAAAAAAUAUAAUAUAGAAAUAACUUUGGGAGAAAGAAUACAUCGAUUCUGGUAUGUUUAAACGAUUACGAUAGAUUUGAGAAAAGCAUAGAAUCUGCCAUAUCUUUGGGAUAACGAGGCAACGACUGGAAGUUUAGGCAGCGAUGCGGAGAAGCUCGACGAUCAAUGCGUCGAUGGUGGCACUCGAAACUUUAACGAGAACAUCGGUGGUGACACGUUAACUGCCACGGACAUUCAUUCAUUCAUUCGAAGAAACGGCCCUUCUCUUGACAAUUUAUAUAUCAUUUCUCUAAUAUUUUAGCCAAUGUAUCGGUCGGUCGGUCGAAUUUUAUUGCCGUUCGCUUUACGUUUAUAGAUUUCUUUGCAAUGAUUCAAAGCGGGACCAAGAAUGACGACGUUAUUACCAAAUUACUACAACGUAACCAAGGUUCGUUAUGAUAUAUUUUACGUAUUCGUAUUCACGAUUUGAUAUGAUUUCUAAAUCAUUGCGAUCAACAUUUUUGUAUUUCUUCAUUUUCAUUGCCGUUUCUUAAAUAAUAGGACGAUGCUUUUUCAAUCAGUCGACAAUUUAAACACUGCUUUACAACAAAUACUGAAUUUUAUAUUUGCAGGAGUAAAUUCGUCAAAAUUAUUCUUCAUUUUAUAUUUAACAAUGAUUUUAUUGAAAAAAAAAUACUUUAACAACGGUUGUAAUAAUCGAUCACCGAUCUACAAUAGCCCAAAAUAGUGAGAACAUCGAAAAAAAUGAUAGCGUUGCAAAUACCUUACAGAAAUUUGUUCCUUUUUGUAUUUAAAAAAAAAAGAAAAAAGAAAAAAAAAAUGUACGAUGAUCAGAACGAAUACUUGAUCAUCGAUUUUCUCUUUUUAUUUGUGAGGGAAAAGGGGAGGGAGAGAAGGUCGCAGUUUAUAAUUAAUAAAGUUUAUGGUAUAUAUAAAACUAUGAAGAAAGAUGUAUUCCCUUCGGUUUAAUUACACUUCUGAGAAGCAUUCUUGUCUGCGAUUCAUUUACUGUAUACCUCUUUUCAAUGCAAUGCUAAUUCUUUCCUUUUUAAUCAGAAUUCUUCGAACAUUUUUCUACUACUUCAUUGAGAAACAUUUUUUUUUUAAUUGUAUAUCAUAAAAAGUUUGUAUUUAAAGUCCUUCCCCUCUUUCUCACAUUUCAAUCGCUACUCAGAAAGGAUCAUACUCAUAACAGGUACAUAAAAUAAAACUCUCAGUAAACGAAUAAAUGUAAUUUUUUAAUAAAUCACAUUGUACAAUUCUAUAUUACAA